UGAGCCGCCUUGCCUGGCAGCGCCGGUGAGGGGAUGAGGGCGGUCCCGCACCCUUUGCGCCCGGGUGUGUUUUGACCGCAGGGUCCUGGGGUCUUGUGCAGACCCUUCGGAUCCAUGUGCAAUCCUAGGAUUCCCUGGCGAGGGAGCCUCACCUGGACUUGUUGAUUGAUGCCUGUGUCGGCCACCUGAAUGCCGCCAGGUGUAAGGGCUCUGGCCGAUUUGAAACUUGACGGCCAAGAACUUGACCCUCUAAGAAAGUGUCAGGACGCUUUGAUUCCACCUCCCACUCUGGCCGGUGCCGUAGGAAAGCACUGAUACUCUGUAGUAGCUUGGGCUGGAGCUUUCAGAUCAGGUUCGCCAAGCUGCCCUUCGCCGGCUUUGUAAUCUUGGGCUUCGGUUUCCUCAUCAGGAAAAUGGGCAUAAGACCUACUACAUGGGAUCAUUUGAUCGAGGGGUAUGGUUGGCAUGGAAUUGAAUUUCAUCUGUCUGUGGGAGUUGUAAACAAGGUUGCCAUCACGAAAGCCAAAGUGGAUUUCUCCAGUGUAGUGUGCCUGCCCCCUUCCGUCAUUGCUGUGAAUGGGCUGGACGGAGGAGGGGCUGGCGAAAAUGAUGAUGAACCAGUGUUGGUGUCCCUGUCUGCGGCCCCCAGCCCUCAGAGCGAAGCUGUUGCCAAUGAACUGCAGGAGCUCUCCUUGCAGCCCGAGCUGACCCUAGGCCUCCACCCUGGCAGGAAUCCCAAUUUGCCUCCACUUAGUGAGCGGAAGAAUGUGCUGCAGUUGAAGCUCCAGCAGCGCCGGACUCGAGAAGAAUUGGUGAGCCAAGGGAUCAUGCCGCCUUUGAAAAGUCCAGCUGCAUUUCAUGAACAGAGAAGGAGCUUGGAGCGGGCCAGGACAGAGGACUAUCUGAAACGGAAGAUUCGUUCCCGGCCGGAGAGAUCGGAACUGGUCAGGAUGCAUAUUUUGGAAGAGACCUCGGCCGAGCCUUCCCUCCAGGCCAAGCAGCUGAAGCUGAAGAGAGCCAGACUGGCCGAUGACCUCAAUGAGAAGAUUGCACAGAGGCCAGGCCCCAUGGAGCUGGUUGAGAAGAACAUUCUACCUGUGGAGUCCAGCUUGAAAGAAGCUAUCAUUGUGGGCCAGGUGAAUUAUCCGAAAGUAGCAGACAGCUCUUCCUUCGAUGAGGACAGCAGUGAUGCCUUAUCCCCUGAGCAGCCUGCUAGCCAUGAAUCCCAGAGCUCCGUGCCAUCACCCUUGGAAGCCCGAGUCAGCGAGCCACUACCCAGUGCCACCUCUGUAUCCCCUACUCAGGUUGUGUCUCAACUCCCAUUGGGCCCGGAUUCCGGAGAAACACUUUUCCUGGCAGAGCAGCCUCCUCUGCCUCCCAGCCUCACCAAUGGAACCACAGCUCCCCCGGCCAAGCCCACCCCGACACUCAUUAAGCAAAGCCAACCCAAGUCUGCCAGUGAGAAGUCGCAGCGCAGCAAGAAAGCCAAGGAGCUGAAGCCAAAGGUGAAGAAGCUCAAGUAUCACCAGUACAUCCCCCCGGACCAAAAGCAGGACAAGGGGGCACCUCCCAUGGACUCCUCCUAUGCCAAGAUCCUGCAGCAGCAGCAGCUCUUCCUCCAGCUCCAGAUCCUCAACCAGCAGCAGCAGCAGCACUAUAACUACCAGACCAUCCUGCCCGCUCCGCCAAAGCCAUCAGGUGAGGCCCCAGGAAGCAGUGGGGCCCCCCCGAUACGCAGCCUCUCGGCUCCCAGUAGCAGCUCCAGCUCGAGUGCUCCUGGGCCCAGUGGGCUGGCACGUCAGAACAGCACCUCACUGACUGGCAAGCCAGGAGCUCUGCCUGCCAACCUGGAUGACAUGAAGGUGGCUGAGCUGAAGCAGGAGCUAAAGCUGCGGUCACUGCCCGUCUCAGGCACCAAGACAGACCUGAUCGAGCGUCUGCGUGCAUAUCAAGAACAAGUCAGCCCUGCCCCAGGAGCCCCCAAGGGCCCUGCUGCCCCCUCCAUCCUGCCCAAGGCUGGUGAGGUGGUGGUCGCCUUCCCGGCUGCCCGGCUAAGCACCGGGCCUGCCCUGGUGGCAGCAGGCCUGGCCCCCGCCGAGGUGGUGGUAGCCACAGUGACCAGUAACGGGGUGGUGAAAUUCGGCAGCACGGGCUCCACUCCCCCCGUGUCUCCCACCCCCUCAGAGCGUUCACUGCUCAGCACGGGCGAUGAGAACUCCACGCCCGGGGACACCUUUGGUGAGAUGGUGACUUCGCCACUGACCCAGCUCACCCUGCAGGCCUCGCCACUACAGAUCCUUGUAAAGGAGGAGGGCCCCCGGGCCGGGUCCUGCUGCCUGAGCCCUGAGGUGCGGGCCGAGCUAGAGGGGCGCGACAAGGACCAGAUGCUGCAGGAGAAGGACAAGCAAAUCGAAGAGCUGACCCGCAUGCUGCGCCAGAAACAGCAGCUUGUGGAGUGGCUGAGGUUGCAGCUGGAGCAAGAGAAGCGGGCCCAGCAGCCGGCCCCCGCCCCGGCCCCCGCCCCCCUUGGCACCCCAGUAAAGCAGGAGAACAGCUUCUCCAGCUGCCAGCUAAGCCGGCAGCCCCCGGGUCCUGGGCACCCCUUCAGCCCCAGCCUGGGGGCCCCUACUGCCCACCACGCGGACACUUGUCCCCUGGUGCCCCCGGCCGUGGUGGUGAAGCAGGAGGCUGUGCUGCCAGAGCCUGAGCCAGCCCCCACUCCCCAGCUGCUUCUGGGCCCACAGGGUCCUGGCCUCAUCAAGGGAGUCACACCUCCCACCCUCAUCACUGACUCCACAGGGACCCACCUUGUCCUCACCGUGACCAAUAAGAAUGCAGACAGCUCCGGCCUGGCCGGCGGGAGCCCCCAGCAGCCCUUGUCCCAGCCUGGUUCUCCAGCCCCUGGCCCACCAGCCCAGAUGGACCUAGAGCACCCAUCACAGCCCCUCUUUGGGACCCCUACUCCUCUGUUGAAGAAGGAGCCGCCUGGCUAUGAGGAAGCCGUGAGCCAGCAGCCCAGACAGCAGGUGAAGAAGGAGAAUGGUUCCUCCAGCCAGCAGAUGGAUGACCUGUUUGACAUUCUUAUUCAGAGUGGAGAAAUCUCAGCGGAUUUCAAGGAGCCACCACCCUCCGUACCAGGGAAAGAGAAGCCCUCCUCGACGGCAAGCUGCGGGUCACCGCUGGCCACGCCGUCCCCACCCUCUGCCGAGCUCCCCCAGGCUGCGCCGCCUCCCUCGGGCUCACCCGCCCUCCCUGGGCGCCUGGAGGACUUCCUGGAGAGCAGUACGGGGCUGCCCCUGCUGACCGGAGGGCACGAGGGGCCAGAGCCCCUGUCCCUCAUCGACGACCUCCACAGCCAGAUGCUGAGCAGCUCUGCCAUCCUGGACCACCCCCCCUCACCCAUGGACACCUCGGAAUUGCACUUUGCCCCUGAGCCCAGCGGUGUGGGCCUGGACCUGGCUGACGGCCACCUGGACAGCAUGGACUGGCUGGAGCUGUCGUCUGGCGGCCCUGUGCUCAGCCUGGCCCCGCUCAGCACCACCGCACCCAGCCUCUUCUCCACGGACUUCCUCGACGGGCAUGACUUGCAGCUCCACUGGGAUUCCUGCUUGUAGCUCUCGGGCUGGGGAGCUCGGGAACUCCUGGGAGGUCACGAGUCCUGACAAUCACGGGCCCUGCUCUCCCCCCCCGGAGGCUGGAGCAGGCCUGCCGCCCUGGCUCAGGCUCCCCGCGGAGAGGACGGGGCCUGGACAGGCCAGGGCCGUUCUAUUGACCUCCUUUUGUGAGGUCAGAGGUGCAGUCUGGCUGCAGUUUGCUCAGGCAGGCGAGGCCUGGGGUGAAUCUCCUUCCUGCUCUUCCCUGUGAGGGAAGAAACUAGCUGGGCCUCUACCUCCCCACUCCCCGUGAUGCCAACCCCAGGGUCCCAGGCUUCCUGGGAGGGGAGCCCCUUGCCAUUUUAGCGUCUUCGUGUAGUGUGACCAUUUAGUGGCUGGUGGCAAACGGUUUCUGUACAGGUGUAUAUAGCUCUAUAUUCUAUAUCGCCAUGCAUAUGUAUACAUCUAUUUUGGGGGCUGGGAGACAGAUGGGAGCUCCCUCCUGUCCUGUGCACAAUACAGAAGGGCCUGGAGACCACCGCUCCUGGGGUUGGAGCAGCUUACCUCAGCCCCGUCACGCGUGUUUGACAUGUAGACACCCUGCCACCGCCUGUGCCCCCACCUGCGUCCUGCUCCAUACUAGUGCCACGAGGGCAGAGGUGCUUCCUGGCCACCCACCCCACCCACAUUCCGUCCCGCUGCCUCACUGCGGCCACCGUGGCCCUGGGACAGGAGGGGUGUCAGCCCCUAAGCUACGGCCGCCUCUUGCCCAGGGGCUCAGCCUCCCUCUGGCCUGUCACUAUCUUAACAGGGACUAGGGAUGGAGUCACUAAACCAGUGCUGGGACAGAGGUCGGGAAGCUGUGUGGUCUUUUUAAAAUAAAAACAAAAACACUGA